AUCUGACCAGUGCCAUCCACAGAGUGAGACGAUCAAACAACCUAAAGCUCUUCAAACAAGAUGAAGACAUUCAGAGUUGCAGUUGUUGUGGCCGUCAUAUUCACGUUUAUUUGUAUCCAGGAGAGCUCUGCUGUGCCAGUCACUGAGCUUCCAGAGGUGGAAGAGGCAAUAAGUAAUGACGAUCCAGCUGCUGAACAUGAGGAGACUUCAGUGGAGUCAUGGAUGAUGCCGUACAACAACAGACAGAAGCGUUCCUUUAAAUGUAAAGUGUGCUGCGGCUGCUGCCGGCCUGGUGUCUGUGGACUGUGCUGCAGAUUCUGAAGAUUCCUGCUUCAAUAAACCAUAAAUAUU